AUGAAUGAAAAUCAAAGUAUUCUGCCACCUCCUAAUUCUAAUGCCCUUCCGGAAAUAUCUAUAACUCCAUUUCAACCACCAUCUGGUGAUAAAAAACAGCCGCUAUUAAACGGAACGCCUACACAUACUUCUAUAGGAAUACCUCCACCACCUUCUAUUAGUUUACCUCCAAUAUUUGUUAAUAGUAUGGCGCCUCCUCCACCUCCUGGUGGACUACUUCCUCCUCCACCUCCUGGCGGAUUACAACCGCCUCAAAAAUCUGUUGGCUUACCAAAAGAUACUGCUAUUCUUGCUCCUCAAUCUAACUUACUUAUAAACACACCAGAAAUAAUACAGUCUGAAAUAAAACCUCAGGAAACUAUUGAAAGUACUAAAAAACAAUCUAAGGCACCUGUCUUACCUCAAACUUAAUCAUAAGAAUAGAAUACAGUUGAAAAUAAUUAAAAAUCAUAAGAAAAUAAUUUAGAGGAAAAUAACUAAACAGCAAUCGAAAAUAAUAAUGAACCGCCAGAACAUUUAAAAAUAUAUAUGAAUAUGAUUAAAUAUAAGAUUCCUAAAAUAGCAGUAAAAUAAAAAAUGGUUGCAGAAGGUUAUGAUCCAGAUGAAAUUGAUUAAUACAUACAGAAGAAAAUAUGA